AUGGAACAGGCAGCCGCUCCUGGCGGCCGAGGGCUCCCUUGUAGCCAAAAGCAGGCCUUAGCUCUGUACCAGCACCUCUUUAGAUGCCCUGCGGGCCUGGGCCCACUCCAGGCUGCGCUGCAGCAGGUGCAAGAGAGUCGGGCCUGUCCCUCGGGACUGGAGCUGCCCACUGUGCUGCUGGAGAUGGAGCGGAGCCGGCGGGCCCAGGAACAGCUCCUGUGGGACUUGGAGCUGCUGACUGGGGCGGGGCUGGGCCUCUUCUGGCCCCCCCGGGCCCAGCUCUGCGGUCUGAGGGACCGGGCCCAGUGUGCAUGGAGCCAGCUCAGCAAGCCCCGUGGUAGGAUGGGUAGGGGCCCCGAGCAGCCGAACAGCUGGAGUUCCAGGCCAUGCCCAUUGCCUCAGGCUGGGGACUCCCUGAGCCAGAACCAUCAGCUUCCUGAGGGGGGGCUGGCGGUAGUCCCAUCAUCAGCCCUGGAUCUGGGUGAAGCUGCGAGUCACAGAGACCCAAGGUGGGCGAGCCCUGCUCUGCCUGCAGAGUCCACACCUGGCUGCCUACAAGAGCUGAACCCCACCACCAGCUUUGGGGACCCAGGAAGUUCUGAGUUCAAGAACCUGGCCCAGAGGGCAGAGAGGAGACAAGCAGGACCCACAACCCGGAGGCCCUGUCAACAGCCAUCCGUGAAUGUAGGCGGUCGAAAGCUCACUCAGGGAGCCCCAAGGCUCUCGGGCCUGCCCUCCCGGGGCCUGCCAGAACCCCAGGUUCCCCUGGAGGGGCUGGGCUGGAGCCUGGGCCGGGAGAGAGCAGAACUUCAGAAACUGCUGAGGAUUGAGAUUCCUCAGAGGCAGAGAGAGGGGGACCUUCAGGAGCAGAAAGAAGAGAGCCCCCAGGGUCAGAGAGGGGAAGCCCCCCGGGGGGAGAGCAAAGAAGUUCCUUCCAGACACAGAGAGAAGACACACCAGGGUCAGAGUGCGGAGGCCACUCAGGCUCUGAGGGAGGAGGUCUCGGAGUAUCCCAGGUGUGAGGCUCCCCAGAGUGAGAGGAGAGAGUCUCCUCAAGGUCAAAGAGGAAAUAGCCCUAAGUGUCAGAGAACGGAGGUUCUCCAGGAGCCACAAGACCCGGAAAUGAAGACCCUUCAGACUUCCCCAGGCCCUAACUGGGAGGUGGCUGAGGGAGAGGUGCCUACACAACCCCCGGAGGAAGGGGGCUCCCUGGGAAUUUCUAGGGAUCUCUGUAGGUCCCUGGGAGAACAGAUGCCACAGCAAAGGGGUAGGGAGAGCCCUGGCUCCGGGGAAAGGGCCGCCCAGCGGCGAGAGUCAGCACCGGGCACGGGAGAGCAGAGGGCCGCCGGGGAGCGGGUACCGACUCCCCUUCCACCCCCGAGGCCCCCGACCCGGCCGCCGCUGCUCCCAAGGCCAGGGGCCGAGACGCUAGAGGCCCCAAGCACUGGGAGCUCGGGGCAGCAGGAGCGCCCCCCAGCUCCCCGGGGGCACCCAGGGCUGGUGCCCUACCCGCACGGGCUUCAGGAUCGGGAAGAAAGCCCAGGCCCGGCGGAGCAGGUGCCGGGCGCCGGCGGGGAGCCGAGGGGCGACGCGGAGGCCCCCGAGGCCUCGAAGGCCGCGUGGCCCCGGCCCCCGGGCAGGGAGAAGGCGUCGGCGGGCGUGAGCGCGGUGCAGCAGGAGACCGCUCUGCAGCGGCUGCUGGAGCUGCACCGCGCGGCCAGGCGCCGGCGGCGGCAGGAUCGCGAGCAGCAGCGGCUCCGGGUCUUGGAAUGCCUCCGCAUCGCCAGGAACCGCCACUGCCGGGUGCACCCUCUGGGGCCCCCACCCAGCCCAGCUCAGCUCCCGCCACAGGCAAGGCUCCCAGAAGGCGGUGGCGUCACCACUAUCAGGGCCAGGGCGGGGGGAACGCGGGGAUGGGGGAGGGGAGGGCUGGGUCCGAGCUGGGCGCGCCUCCUGGAUGCCUUUGAGUGCACACUUGCACUGACCCCGACAGAGGGCGGGAGGGGGGCGUCAGUCAGGGUGCUGCCCCCUGCUGGCUCCAUCAAGCCCGCGGGGUCCAAGGCCGGGGCGCUCAGCGCUCUGCACCGCCCCAGGAGGACGCGGCGGGGCAGCGGCGAGCCCUGCGGCAGCAGCUGCAACAAGUGCAUCGGGAGAGGACCCGGCGGCUGCGGGCCCUCGGGGCCAGGAACACCCAGAACUUCCAGCAGCUACUGUGGCCUCGCACUGAGGACCCUUUGCCAGAAGAGGAGCCCUCGCCCUUCGCAGCCCCAUCUAGUCAUUGCUGAAUCCUCAAAGGGAUGAUUAAAGAGA